AUGAAAUCAGUCACAGGCCUCGCCCUCCUCUUCCUUUCCAGUGCUUGUCUGGCGGCUCCGACGGCGCAAGAUGGUAUUUUUGAUACACACCCGGGUACAUGCCAACUAGGGCCUGUGAUCAAUGGUGAGCAGACUGCUGGCGACUGUCUGUCCACAGACAAUAGUCCCCCCGGGAAAUGUCGAAAGGCUGUGGAAUACUAUGCGAAUAUACUGUCCCCAAGCUUGCUCUACCAGAAGAAUAGUCCCGUGAAAGAUGACCGCCAUGGCGUGCGCAUUUGA